CUGAUUUCUGACGAAAAUUACUUAAGAAGACCUUAUGUUCUAUGCAGAUAGAUACCCUGCAUCCUUCUGCAAAGAGUGGGCAUUAUUGUACGCAUUGAAGCAGGGCUAAUGAAUGCUUACCAUCUGAUAUAAGCAUGCAUACGUAUAUACGUGCGUGCAUUCAUACAUACAUGAACACACCCACUAUAUCUUUACUCAGGUGACAACAGGACGUGGAAUAUAUAAAAAAACACAAUACACAUAUGUUGUUAUAAGGAUUUUACAAGCAAAGGACAUAUUCUUGUGCAUGGAACACAGCAGAAUCAAUUAGAUAACAGGUACUGGUUGCAAGCUCCUUUCAGCCAUUUGUUGUUAGCUAGCUGCUUGUGGCUAAAGCUUGUUGUGAGCGUAGCCGUCCAACAGCACCUGGCUAGCUGGAGAAUUUUAUCCGUUCGGGCUUGCUGCCCCAGUGCACCACUGAACCACAAAAACCCAUGCUACAGGAACUGUCAGGAGGGACAACCAAUGACAUGUGUGUACAACUUUACUGUCGGAGAGUACGUCACUAUGAGGGAGAACUUUUGUACUUCAUGCACAACAGUAAAGGGUCUGCUGGGUGAUGCAGCAGCUUGCAGGGCCCCCGGUUGUAUAGCUGGUGGCGGACGUGUUCGCAUAGUGUCUGCAGUGAAUCAUCAGAUUCCAGGUCCCAAGAUAGAGGUAUGCUUGGGAGACAGAGUAGUGGUGCAAGUCACAAAUCACUUUAGCAGUGAGGGCGUUGUCAUCCACUGGCAUGGAACUCAUCAGAGAGGCACACCCUACAUGGACGGCACACCUUACUUGACUCAGUGCCCAAUCCUACCAUACACCAGCUUUGUGUAUGACUUCAUUGCUGACACUCCUGGCACUCACAUGUGGCAUGCUCAUAUUGGUUUUGAAGAGGCAGAUGGUGUGUUUGGAACCAUGAUUGUCCGUCGCCCUGCUGCUAAAGAGCUGCAUAGCAGUCUUUAUGAUGAGGACCUGUCUGAACACUCAAUGAUUGUGUGGCACUGGUUUGGGAAAUCUACCAGGGAAGUUCUUACUGUCUCAAAAUAUACUGGAACUCGCUCUAGUGGGGAAGGACUUAUCAUCAAUGGGCUGGGAGGUCUUGAGGCAUUUGAGUUGCCACCAGAGGAAGACACAUUUGAUACAAUGCCAAGAGAGGUGUUCACUGUUGAACAGGGCCAACGGUACCGGUUCCGUGUGAUCUACAACAAUCAGAUCCCUUGCCCAGUACAGCUGUCUGUGCAGAAUCACAGUCUACUGGUUAUUGCCAGUGAUGGAGCUAGCUUCACACCUGUUCCAGCCAAUUCCAUCAUGCUUAAUGGAGGUGAGCGUUAUGACUUCAUACUGGAGGCAAAUCAGACGGAUAACAAUUAUUGGAUACGGUUCCGUGGAUUGGGAAAUUGUGAAAAUGAUGCAAGGAAAGUACACCAGGAGGCAGUACUGCAUUAUGCAGAUGCUGAUGAAGCUUUGCCUGAAGCAGAGCCAACGUAUGAAGAUGCUGUUGCCACGGGCAUGGUGGUGAAUCCAAUUGGAGCAAUUGCUUACAACUAUUCUGGUAAUGAACUUACUUACGUGGCUGAGCUGGAAAAUGUGGAUGUGGAACAAGCCCAAAAUAUCAGUGGUGAUGUGAAUCAGAUCAUUUAUAUCGAGUUUAGGAACAGCAUGUAUGUAUCAGAGGAUAUUGUAGGUCCAUGGCCACAGGUCAACUCACGCACAUUCAGCUAUCCAUCCUUCCCCCUUCUGACACAACGCCAUGAAAUUACUCAAGACAUGUACUGCACAGAUGAAGAUGUUUGUGUUGAUGGCUCAUUCUGUGCAUGUUCAUAUUUAUAUGACAUCGAGUUGGGCAGCUUAGUUGAAAUCGUGUUUAUUGACCUUGGGCGUGGAGGUGGAGACCACCCAUUCCAUAUGCAUGGUGGUCAGUUCCAUGUUGUGGCUCAAAAUGUGAUUGACGGUGACAUAUCAAAACAGAUUGUGAGAGAACUGAACGAACAAAAUGGAAUCUCAAAGAACUUGGGUGGACCUUUGAAAGACACAGUGUCUGUUCCCAGCUCAGGAUAUGCUGUGAUUCGAUUUGUUGCUGACAAUCCAGGAUUUUGGUUUUUCCACUGCCACAUAACCAGUCAUGCUGACAUGGGUAUGGGGUUUGUUUUGAAAGUUGGUGACUUUGAUGAAAUGCCAUACCCACCAUACGACUUCCCUCGUUGUGGAAACUGGGAGCCGGGCACUGAAAACGAUCUCCCUAGUGGCACAGCUGGUGGUGCACAAGUGGGUGUCAUCGUGAUAGUCCUAUGCUGGUUUGUGCUCAGUGUUACAAACUUUGGUGUUUGAUCAUGUAGUGUGUCAUGUGGUAUCUCUUGUUUAACAUAUUUCUAGACAAAAGCUUCUUUUCUGUAAGUAUUUAAUAAAAAAGUAUGCAUUUGUUUCUAA